AUGACGGUUCCAGCUCCCUUACACCAGAAGGGCAUCAUUGGCGUCGAUGGAGGCGGCCUUGAAUUCGUGGAAGAUGCCGCUAUUCCUGCGCUGGAAGACGACAUGGUACUUGUACGGAACUCUGCCGUCGCCGUCAACCCUGUGGAUGCGAAAAUGUCCGCUCCUAAUCUUGUUACACCCAGAGCGUUAGCUGGACAUGAUUUUGCUGGCAUAGUUGAGGCUAUUGGAUCGAAAGUAUGGACUGCAUCUCCAAUUGCCAUUGGAGAUCGGGUCUGUGGUGCGGUUCAGGGCCUUCACAAGCUUUCUCCUAAUGUGGGAGCGUAUGCAGAGUACGUAGGCGCAUCUGACGUCGCUGUCAUCAAGGUACCAGACCACAUGUCUAUGGAGGAGGCUGCGUCCUUGGGCACUGGAAUUGGGACUAUGGGUUUGGCUCUCUUUCAUAACCUUGGUGUCCCAGGAUAUCCUACCAAGCCUGCGGCCACCCCGAAGACAGUUUUGGUAUAUGGUGGCAGUACAGCAAGUGGUACUAUUGCCCUUCAACUUCUCAAACUGUCUGGCCUAACGCCAAUUACAACCUGCUCCCCGUCGAAUUUUGAUCUGGUUCGAUCAUAUGGAGCUGCUCAUUGUUUUGACUACCGAUCAGAAACUUGCAUUGAAGACAUCAAGAAGUUCACGAAGGACGCUCUCAAAUACAUUAUUGACUGCGUUUCGGAGCCCGACACGAUGGAGUUCUGCCACAAGUGCGUAGGUCGGACUGGCGGCAAGUUGACGACGUUGGAACCACCGCCUAAGUACCUCACGUCCAGAGCCAGAACUGUAAAGGUAGACUGGGUUUUAGGUCCUGCACUGCAUGGUAAGCAGAUUGCGUGGCCACCCCCAAUGGAAAGGGAGGCAAGCUCCGAAAUGCGAGAAUUUGCCAAAACGUGGUUCACCACUGUACAAGAACUAGUUGAUCAGGGCAAGGUAAAAACUCAUCCUCUGAAAGUUAUGGACGGGGGCCUACCUGCUGUUCUAGAUGGCCUUCAAUUGCUUAAGGAUAAAAAGAUUUCAGGUCAGAAGCUAGUCUAUAACAUAGCUUAA